GAGAUGAGGCGGGUUAACGGGCGGCUUGGGGGGGAGGUGCGGAUGAGGGGGACCUACGACGGGAGGCAAUGGCGGGGGGCAGGGUGGCGGCUUACGAUGAGCGUGCGGCGGCUUGGGCUUUGGCUUUGGCUUGUGAUAGGGAGGUGGUGGGUUUUGGUGAGAGCAAGAAGGACAUGCAGAUGGAUGGGCAUAGCGUGGUAGAGCAUUUGAAUGAUUUUCAGGGAUUGAUUAACCAGUUGUCUUCUAUGAAAUUGGUUUUAGAUGAUGAAUUGCAGGUGUUGUUGCUCCUCAGCUCGUUGCCAGAAAGCUGGGAGACCUUGGUUGUAUCACUUAGCAAUAGUGCUCCAGAGGGUAAGCUCACAAUGGAUGUUGUGAAGUCGAGUCUGCUGAACGAAGAAGCUAGGAGAAGAGAUUUGAGUUCCUCCAGCUAUUCAGUUCAGGCUCAUGUUGCUGAGCCCAGCAGAAAGAGGAAAAUGGAUUGUACUUGGAUCAUUGAUUCAUGUGCCUCUUGUCAUCUCACACCUCAUCGGGAGUUCUUCUCAUCUUACACUAGCGGUGACUUUGGCUAUGUCAAGAUGGGGAAGGGUGCUGACAAAUCAUCUAAGAUUGUUGGGAUGGGCACUGUUUGUUUGCAGACUAACACUGGUUGCAGGUUGAUCCUCAGAGAUGUCAGACAUGUACCAGAGUUUCGGUUCAGCCUCAUUUCAGCUGGAGGACUUGAUGGAGAUGGUUAUGUUAACGCUUUGGUGAAGGAAAGUGGAAGCUCACCAAAGGUUCUUUGAUCGUGGCCCGAGGUAAGANUGUCAUCUCACACCUCAUCGGGAGUUCUUCUCAUCUUACACUAGCGGUGACUUUGGCUAUGUCAAGAUGGGGAAGGGUGCUGACAAAUCAUCUAAGAUUGUUGGGAUGGGCACUGUUUGUUUGCAGACUAACACUGGUUGCAGGUUGAUCCUCAGAGAUGUCAGACAUGUACCAGAGUUUCGGUUCAGCCUCAUUUCAGCUGGAGGACUUGAUGGAGAUGGUUAUGUUAACCGCUUUGGUGAAGAAAAGUGGAAGCUCACCAAAGGUUCUUUGAUCGUGGCCCGAGGUAAGAAAGAGAACAGGCUUUACGUGAUGCAAGCAAAGAUGUGUAGAGGAGAUCAGAACACUGCGCCCUCCACGGAUUUAUCGCACGAGAGGCUUGGUCACAUGCUUGAGAGUUGUCAGAAUAUCCUCCCUGAAGGUGAUAUUCCUUCUCUUUCCAUACAUUCAGAUCAUGGGGGAG